AUGGAGAAUCAAACGAUGGACCAAUUCUGCGGCACGAAAUUUUGGGAUGCUAACUUAACAUGGUACACAGACAAUCCAGAUCUAACAAUAUGUUUCGAAAAAACAAUAUUAUUAUGGGUACCAUGUGCAUUUCUAUGGGUAUUCUCGUCAAUGGAGGCAUACUACAUUUUACAUAGCAAAAGAAGAAAUGUUCCGUAUACAUGGUUAUUUAUUAUUAAGCAAGUACUUACAAUAGUAUUGAUCCUACUUUCUAUAGUCGAUUUAGGAAUGGCGAUAUAUGAAAGUACUUCUCGUGAGGUCUACAGUGUUGAUUAUUACACACCAUUUAUAAAAAUAAUAACCUUUAUUUUAGCAUCCAUUUUGAUGAUAUAUAACAGAAAAUAUGGAAUGCGAACAUCAGGUCUUUUAUUCAUGUUUUGGUUUUUCCUUGCAUUAUGUGGAUGUAUCCAAUUUAGGACUUUUAUAAAUAAAUUAAUUGAUGAGGAAAAAUCGUAUCAAGUAGUAUCCUAUAUGAUCUACUAUCCAAUAGUACUGCUACUCUUUGUACUUAAUUUCUUCGUCGAUGCAGAGCCUAAAUUUUCCGAGUAUCCUACAGUUGAAUCGCCAUGUCCAGAACAAAGCGCUUCUUAUCCGUCGAGAGUUCUUUUCGGGUGGUUCGAUGCUUUAGCGUGGAAGGGUUUCCGGAAACCUCUUGAAGCAUCUGAUUUGUGGUCGAUGAAUCCAGAAGAUAUGGCUAUGGAAAUUGUACCUAAAUUUGACAAAUAUUGGGUUAAAAACUUAAGAAAGAGAGAUGAAGUAGAAAACGCAAAAGCGUCAUUCCGAAAGGCAUCUGGACAAGUGGAUUUUAAUAAUGGUCGUAAAAAGAAAGUUGCCUCUAUUCUGCCACCUAUUUGCAAAGCCUUUGGAGCAACGUUCCUGUUUGGCGCAUUUUUGAAACUGUUUCAAGAUAUCAUGACCUUCAUUAGUCCACAAUUAUUAAAACUUCUGAUUGCUUUCAUCAAAGACAGAGAAGAACCAAUGUGGAAAGGAUAUCUUUAUGCUAUAUUACUUCUACUCACAGCAACGGUACAAACACUAGUGUUAUCUCAGUACUUCCAUCGUAUGUUUUUAGUCGGAUUACGUAUACGUACCGCAUUGAUCGCAACAAUUUACCGUAAAGCGCUAAGAAUGUCCAACGCAGCUAGGAAGGAGACUACUCUCGGCGAAAUAGUAAACUUAAUGUCCGUGGACGCCCAAAGAUUUAUGGAUCUAACCGCGUACAUAAAUAUGAUUUGGUCAGCUCCGUUACAAAUAGUUCUAGCUUUAUAUUUCCUGUGGGAAAUAUUAGGUCCAGCAGUACUGGCCGGUUUAGCGGUCAUGAUUAUCCUCAUCCCCAUAAACGCAUUCAUCGCGAACAAAGUGAAAACACUGCAAAUCAGACAGAUGAAGAGCAAAGACGAGAGAGUGAAAUUGAUGAACGAGGUACUUAAUGGUAUUAAAGUAUUGAAGCUUUACGCAUGGGAACCUUCGUUUGAGCAACAGAUACUUAAAAUCAGAACCAAAGAGAUACAAGUGUUGAAAGAGGCGGCGUAUCUAAACGCUGGUACGAGCUUUAUAUGGUCCUGUGCACCUUUCUUGGUAUCACUGGUGUCUUUUGCCACUUAUGUACUUAUAGACGAGAAAAACGUCCUGAACAGUACAACUGCCUUCGUUUCGUUAAGUUUAUUCAAUGUUUUAAGAUUCCCACUCUCUAUGCUGCCUAUGAUGAUUAGUAACAUAGUUCAAGCUUACGUUUCCGUAAAACGUAUCAACAAAUUCAUGAAUAUGGACGAUUUGGAUCCUAAUAAUGUACAACAUGAUCCAUCGGAAUCACACGCCUUAUUAAUCGAGAAUGGCAACUUCUGUUGGGACAAUGAACGUGUCGAUAGACCAAUAUUGCAAAAUAUUAAUAUGCAUGUAGAACAAGGUCAAUUAGUAGCGGUAGUUGGUUCAGUGGGAUCAGGCAAGAGUUCUCUUCUAUCUGCUUUUCUCGGUGAAAUGGAUAAAUUAAGCGGAAAAGUGAAUACAAAAGGAUCGAUAGCAUACGUUUCGCAACAGCCGUGGAUACAAAAUGCCACGUUACAGGACAACGUCCUGUUCGGAAAAGCCUUAAAUAAGUCUGUAUACAAUCGCGUAGUAGAAGCGUGCGCGUUGAGUCCAGAUCUCAAGAUAUUACCUGCGGGAGAUCAAACCGAAAUCGGAGAGAAGGGAAUCAAUCUUUCUGGCGGCCAAAAGCAGAGAGUAGCCUUAGCUAGAGCUGUAUAUAAUGAUUCCGAUAAUUAUUUCUUAGAUGAUCCUCUGAGCGCGGUGGAUUCGCACGUGGGGAAACACAUAUUCGAAAAUGUGAUAGGUCCAAGCGGUUUGCUUAAGAAAAAAACGAGAGUACUCGUCACACAUGGUAUCACGUAUCUGCCAGAGGUCGAUAAUAUUAUCGUUCUCAAAGAUGGUGAAAUAACAGAGGUCGGAACUUACAAGCAACUGUUGGAGAAAAAAGGUGCCUUCUCUGAGUUUUUGGUACAACAUUUACAAGAAGUUGGAAAUCUGCACGUUGACGACGGUUCCGAAGCAGAUUUACGUGAAAUUAAACAGCAACUUGAAUCGACAAUGGGGGCGGACGAGUUGCAGCAAAAGUUAACUCUAGCACGAUCUAGAAAAUCAGAGAGUCUAAGUGAAUCUGGUUCCAUAACUGAUCGGAGAUCGCUUAAUGGUUCGCUAAAAAGGCAAUAUUCUACGGAGAGUCAACAGUCCGCAAAUUAUAUACAUAGCAAUAGUAUAAAGGAAAAGGAAGCAACGAAAACUAACAAUACUGGGGAGAAAUUGAUAGAAGUUGAAAAGGCUGAAACUGGAAGUGUAAAAUGGAAAGUGUAUUCUCACUAUUUGGUGUCGAUUGGAUUGUUCUUAUCAGUAGCAACAAUCGUAAUGAACGCUAUCUUCCAAGCGUUCAGCAUAGGCUCGAACGUCUGGCUUAGCGUUUGGUCAGACGAUAAUAUGACUACUCCUAAUAACACAAUCGAUAAAUCGAGACAAGACAUGUACCUGGGAGUGUACGGUGCACUCGGUAUCGGUCAAGCGAUGACGAGCUUUUUCUGCGAUUUGGCACCGCAGCUGGGCUGCUGGUUGGCUGCUCGCCAGAUGCACAUAGUGAUGCUGCGUGCUGUGAUGCGUGCACCAUUGACCUUCUUUGAUACGACCCCUAUUGGUCGUAUUAUCUCCAGGUUUGCUAAAGACGUGGACGUACUGGACACAUCUCUUCCUCCGCAAAUUUCCGAUACCAUCUAUUGCUUGUUCGAGGUUGUAGCUACUCUUGUUGUAAUAAGCUACAGUACACCUAUAUUUAUCGCAGUGAUACUGCCAAUAGGCGCGCUUUAUUAUUUCAUUCAACGUUUUUACGUUGCAACAUCGCGCCAACUAAAAAGAUUAGAAUCCGUAUCAAGAUCUCCUAUAUAUUCACAUUUCAGUGAAUCAGUAACUGGUGCACCAAUAAUUAGAGCAUAUGGUGUACAGGACCAGUUUAUCCACGAAUCUGAAAAUAGAGUGGAUAUCAAUCAAGUGUGUUACUAUCCUAGCAUUAUUGCGAACAGAUGGCUGGCUGUGAGAUUGGAAAUGGUUGGAAAUUUAAUAAUAUUCUUUGCAGCGUUGUUCGCUGUUUUAGGUAGAGAUUCGCCGGAUAUGAGUGCAGGAAUUGUGGGUCUGUCAGUUAGUUAUGCCUUACAAAUCACGCAGACUUUGAACUGGCUGGUGCGAAUGACGUCCGACGUAGAGACCAAUAUUGUCGCGGUGGAGAGAAUAAAAGAGUACGGAGAAACGACGCAGGAAGCAUCGUGGAAGAAUCCGGAGUACACGCCUCCCACAGAGUGGCCUAGUAGCGGACGCGUCGACUUCAAAGACUUCAAAGUCCGCUAUCGGGAAGGUCUAGAUCUUGUGCUACACGGCAUAUCGUUUAGCGUACUCGGCGGCGAGAAGAUCGGUAUAGUUGGCAGAACAGGCGCCGGCAAGUCGUCUUUGACACUGGCGCUUUUCAGGAUAAUCGAGGCUGCCAGUGGCGAGAUUCUCAUCGAUGACAUAAAUAUUUCUAAACUGGGUCUUCACGACUUGCGCUCCAGAUUGACCAUCAUACCACAGGAUCCUGUGUUAUUCUCCGGAACGCUACGAUUGAACCUUGAUCCUUUCGAUAAUCAUUCCGACGAAGAAAUUUGGAGAGCGUUGGAACAUGCCCAUCUGAAAUCGUUUGUAAAAAAUCUGCCAAGUGGUCUUAUACACGAGGUGUCUGAGGGUGGAGAAAACCUGAGCGUGGGACAACGACAAUUGAUCUGUUUGGCGAGAGCAUUGCUGAGGAAAACAAAAGUUCUGAUAUUGGAUGAAGCUACGGCUGCAGUCGAUCUGGAGACGGAUGAUUUGAUUCAAACUACUAUCCGCCACGAAUUCAAGGAUUGUACAGUACUCACAAUAGCCCAUAGACUCAAUACUAUUUUAGAUUCGGAUAAAGUGAUCGUAUUGGAUAAAGGGUUAAUUGUUGAAUAUGAUUCCCCACAUACGCUACUUCGCAAUCCGACUAGCUCUUUCUACAGUAUGGCUAAAGACGCGGGUCUAGCUACUUAAACGGGAAGAAUAUAUCGUAAGAGUUUUUUUUUCCAAUGGCUGCAUUAUUCGCGAGUCAACAUCAAAAGAAACAACAAAAAUAACAUGCAGAAAGCCAUAGAACAAACGAUGUAGUUUAAACAAUCUAGAUUAAUUUGUAUAGUCAAAUCUUUCUAUACAAAGGAAAAAAAAACAAUCGAACAUUCGAUAAUGGGCGAUGCAGAAAAUGCUGAUUCUUCGUCAGAGAAUUUUAGAGAACGAGAGGAAUCACCUUGCCAAAUUGUACCGACGAUUAUCGAAUCUUCUAUAUAUAAGACGUCUCAUGAUAGCCUAAAAAAUACAUCACGGUAUUCUUGAGCCGAAAACACGGAUAACACCAUUUUUUAGUUCUUCAAUUUUUCAGCGAAUGAGAUUUUUAAUCAGUUAAGAACAUCACAAUCGUUUCUUAUUCAACAAAUCGCCUUCGCUAAGCAAUUUGAUAGCUGAGAAAUGAUCUGUUAUCUAAAUGUUUACAAGAGAAAAGUGUGUAUGCGUACGCGUGCGUACACAUACACUCAUUUAUAGUAGAUUAAGUUUUGUAGUGAGAGAUCUUUCAUGAAAUGAAGAAUGCACGAUACAGUUUGUUUUUGAAACAACAUCAAUACACAUUAUCUAUCACGUAUUUGCUCUAAUCAGACAAUGAUCGGAUAACGACAUGGGUCGGAUGGACAUCGCAAUAACGUGAUAUCAUACUGUACUAUGCAUCCUAUAACAGUAUUCCGUACCGUAUUACAGUAGGACUACCGACAAAAAUAUACAUGUAAUCAGUAAAAGUGCAUCCACUCGUUCAAAUAAAAAAAGGCCAAAGUACUAUGUAAAUAAUUAACAGAAAUUUAUUGCGAUAUUCGUUAAUAUAUAUCUUCAUUAUAUAAAAAAAGCGUUGAGUAGAAUGACAAUGGAGUAGUGAAUUUAUGUGAUACUAUGCAUUUAAAAUUGCAGUAAAUGUUUUUCAACAAUUUAAAGUUGUGUUGAUGAAUGCGACUAAUACGGUACAGAAUACCCCCCCACUUCCGGUAGACAGCGCGAACGAAUUUUAUUUUACAUGUUGGUCACCGUACUCCUGUAUUUCUCCCGAAGAUCUUGUCUGAAAGUAAUUGCAUUAAAAACAGCGAAUUUAGUUACAAACGUUUAAGCGAUAAUAUCGCAAAAAGCGGUUUCUAUCACGAAGUAUAAAUUUUGCACUUGACAACUUCUGAAUUAUAAACCGUGUCUGUUUUAAUAGUUCUACUUAUUAAAGUAACUAUCAAUAAAAACAAGGUAAAAUAUACAUACAAUGAUCAACAAAAACGCGUCCAUUCAUAUUAAAAAAGAAUAUAAAAGGAAAAAAAAUUAAUAAGCUACAGAAAUUAAUAAUAGUAAUUUGUCAAUUGGACUUUAUCAGCAAUUAGAGAGAGAUCACUGAGCCUUAAAAUACCAUUCUCGUACAAUUGCUGCUCUAUAAUAACGCGAUUAUCGAAAUGUAUUCAAUCCUCCGAAGCAUUUUUAGUACACAUGGUGCGAAUUUUCUUCUGUAAACUGUACUCAUUUUAAAAAAAAGAAAAAAAAGAAAUGUUUAUUUUAAUUUUUUGUUAAUAUAUGCGGCAAUCAGUCGCAAAAAUAGUAUUAUUUAUUUACACCUUACGUACGAUUAUAUAAUAUAUAAUAUGAUUAUAAAUUCAGCGAUAUAUAUGUCAUUUUCCAUAUUUGUUGCGCGCGCACUUGCCUUGUCAGAAACUAGUACAAGUUAAUUUUAAAUCAAAAUUUGAUACGGUUUGCAAGUAAUCUUAUUCUUGCAAGUUAUGAAAAAGCAAGCAAUGACAUUGUGCAAGCAAGCAAUAGUGAUUUUAGCUUGGUAUGCGUCUCGCAUAUGCGACAUAAAUCUAGGAAAAAAAUAACACGUCACGUCUCACUAUGUACACACACCCACACACAUACACGCGCGCGCACACACACAUUACAUUAUAUGAAAUUCUCUUGUAUUAUCCAAAGUAUAGAUAAAUAACGUUAGUGCCUAUUUUACAAAAAUUAAAGAGAAAUCGCAUUUAUCAAAAAUCACCAUACCGAUUGAAAAUUAGAGGUAUAAAAUCUGCAUACUUCAUUUAUUUUUUUAACGAUUCGGCCGUUAAUGCGUAAGUUACAUAAUAUUUUAUUCGAUGUUUGUAACUUCUUAUAUAUAUUUCGUAUAGUAAUCUAUGUACUAGUAUAUAGAUUUGUAUAUCUUAAUCCCUUCUUAUGUAGAUUACUGCCGGAUACUUUGGAGAGUAUUAAUGUGUAUACAUACGUUAAGCGUACACUUGCCUUAUAUCUGUCAGUUUUAUGUAAACGAGGCUGCUUCUGGCAAUAAUGCGAUUAUUAAAGAGGAAAAAAGAUAAAAUUAUUGGAGAAACUUCAAAUAAGAUAUCCUUAAUAUUCGAAAAAGAAGAAAGAAAAACAAAUUUGCGUCUAUAAAAAAAUAUAUAUAAAAAAAAGCGCACAUGAUUUGUAAAAAUAAUAGCUUAAUUUAGCUAAGGCUCCAGUGGAUACGAUAUCUAUCCAGCGAUAAGUGUGCUCGAGAUAACAUACGUAUGAAAGGCACAAUGCAAAUUUCGCCAGAAUGUUAAAUUUGAUAUGUUCAACGUAUCAAUCCAGGCCUUCUUUCGCAAAACUACGAGGCUAUUGCGAGUCUAAUAUUGACUAUUAGAUCACAUUGAUGAUUUGAUGUUAUGAAUUUUUAGUUUACAAUAUUGUUCGCAGAUUUAGUUUAUCAUAAGUUGUAAUUUAAAAAUCAGAGUAUAGUUUUACGAUGAGAUGACCAUCGUCUGUAAUUAAUUAAAUUAACAUGAAAUGUCGAUUCGUACCUUUUACCAAAUGUUACCAAAAUUUUGUUCUUUUAUGAGAUGGAGUUCUAUGUGUGUAUAUGUGAAUGUGUGUCUUCGUCAGUAUAUUUGUUACAUUAUCAUUGUUGCUCCCGACUUAUUUUAAUUCCUCGUGGAAAGUUAAAGAAAACUGAAUUCAUCUUUUUACUCAUAAAAUUAUAGAUAUUCAAUAUAACGAGUUUUACAAUUAUAUGACUCUAUCGAGUCAGAUGAGACAAUUCAUUAUUAAAUCGCGUUGGACGAAUUUGUGAGAUUACAUAAAUCAAAAGUCGCGGACUCGAAAGGGUUAUACAAAAUUAAUUAUCUUCCAUGGUUAUAUCGCCGAGAGAAAAUAGUAAAUUGUACUUUGCGUUACUAUAUUUCCAUUGUUAAAAAUGUAUAUGGGUUAAACCACAAAUUAAAUAUUUUUUUAACUUUUUA